GCAAUAUUUAAUUUAAAUCAAUCAUCUCUCCCUAGUUUAGAAUUCAAUCAUUCCAGGCCUCUAGGUAUUAAAUUAACUAAGAGAGAUAAAACAAUUGAUUGAUAAGAUAGUUUAUGAAAGCUUUAAAUGCAACUUGAGAUAUAAUUACAAAAUGAAUAGAAUAUGAUGGAAUUAUAAGGACUACUAAAGUAAACUCCUAAAUAUUAAACUUUACUACCAAAACUAUUAUUUUCAUUUAUUAUAAUUUGAAUUGAGAACCUUAAAGUGAUACAAGAAGAUUAAUACCUAAUCUUGUGCUAAAAAGUUUUAGUAUUUGAAUAAUUUGAUUAAUUUAAGCAUAUAUAGAAUCAACAUCCUUCUUUUCUUAUGUGUCAGACAAUUUACACGAUUUGAAGACAAAAGUAUAUAUAAAUGGAG